UCCCUUUUACCUGACCAUUUCUGUUAAGAUUUCCCGGGAAAAAGUAAAAAAGAAAAUGGAAAAUUAGGAAAUAACUGCUGCAACUCUCAAUUAUUUAACCAAACCCUCCAACUCGAUCUAGGGUUCCUCUGAAUAAUCAUCCUCUAUGGACGAUCCCACGAUGGCUCCACAGCUCACGAAUCACCAUCUCAAUCUCAAUGUACCACCAACAAUGUCCCUCCAAUCACUCACUCCGCCGUCGCAUCACAUCAGCCGCAUGAUCAACUCCAGUCACCAACAGUCGCCGUCGCGAACGAUUUACUCCGAUAGGUUUAUUCCCAGCAGAUCUACCUCUAAUUUCGACCUCUUCAACAUCUCUCAGCCGUCUCCCAACUCUCCGGCGCCUGUGGAUACCCACAAGGAUGAUAAUUCCGGGACCUACACGGCCCUUCUUCGGGCCGCCCUCUUUGGGCCGGACACGCCUGAUAAAAAAGACCUGUCUGGGCCGCCUCUGGGUCGGAACAUUUUUAGGUUUAAAUCGGAGACAAGGCGGUCUAUGCACUCGCUAUCACCUUUUGGGUUCGACGAUGACGUGGCAUCCGGGGUCAGUCAGAGCCCCGUGAAGGCCCCGAGGAAGGUCCCAAGGUCGCCUUACAAAAUUUUGGAUGCACCAGCUUUGCAAGAUGAUUUUUAUUUGAACUUAGUGGACUGGUCGUCGCAUAAUGUAUUGGCUGUGGGGUUGGGAAAUUGUGUGUAUUUGUGGAAUGCUUGUAGCAGCAAGGUGACAAAGUUAUGUGAUUUGGGGAUGGAUGAUAGUGUGUGUUCAGUGGGGUGGGCGCAGCGUGGUACACAUCUUGCUGUUGGAACUAGCCAUGGGAAACUUCAGGUUAGAGAUGAAUGUUUUGUUAACUUUGUAGCAAAAACGUUGGAUUUUAGAAAACAAAAUGCAAAGAAUAAAAAUUUGAAAUUUGAAGCUAAAGCUUUAAGAUUUUCAUGA